UAAUCACAUGCGCCGGACUUUGUCGCGGUUUCGCAUCCAGCUCGACAGUGGAAAAUUGUGAAAAACUCGCCCAUCCGGUGACUGUGACUGCCCAGUAUCCGCCUCCCAGUGUUCCAGGGGCAGUGUCCCGCGCUCAGGCCACACAGUGAGCACCCCAGCGGCCGAAGUGCAAUGUCAUGGGUCAGCGACACAAAACUGCCCUGGUGGCAGCGACUAGCCGUGCGGGUGGUGCGAGUGGGCAAGAUUCCGCACCACAUCGCCUUCAUCAUGGACGGCAACAGGCGCUUCGCCAAAAAGAUCCAGGUGGAGAAGGCUGAAGGACACUCGCGGGGUUUCGAGAGGCUCUCCGAGGUGCUGCGGUGGUGUCUGGAUCUGGGCGUGAAGGAGGUCACUGUGUACGCUUUCAGCAUAGAGAACUUCAAGCGCAGCAAAGAGGAAGUGGACGCCCUUCUCGAUCUGGCCAGUGAGAAGUUCGACAGGUUGAUAGAGGAAGAGGACAAGCUGCACGAGAACGGCAUCUGCAUCCGCAUCAUCGGCAACAUGGAAAUGCUGCCCCUGGCGCUGCAGCAGAAGAUCGCGCGCGCAAUGUAUGUGACCAGGAUGAACAGCAAGGCCAUCCUGAACGUGGCGUUCGCGUACACGAGCAGGGACGAGAUCGCUCACUCCGUGAGGACCAUCACGGAGGGCGUGUCCGACAGCGUCCUGGACCAAGACACCAUCAGUGACGAGCUCAUCAACAGAUGCCUGCACACCAAGCUGUCCUCGGAUCCGGACCUGCUCAUCCGGACGUCCGGCGAAACGAGACUCAGUGAUUUUUUGCUCUGGCAGGUAUCGUCUACAAUUCUCUACUUCACGAAAAUCCUCUGGCCGGAAAUCACCAUCUGGCACCUGCUCAGCGGCAUUGUGCAGUAUCAGCGGUGGUACUAUCGCAUGCAGGCGCCGCAGAAGUUCGUGCGGGCGCCGGAGAAGGACGCCCGGGAGCAGAUUGAGCACUUCGUGAGCGAUGUGGACAGCAGGCAUUGGAGGCGCAUGCAAGAGCUCAUGGUGCAGGCCGAUGCAUCGCGUGUCCACGGUGAUAACACCACUGAACUCCAUCAUAGCUUAUAG